AUGGAUGCAUCUGAACGAAAACAGAGACCCGGUCUUUCGGCGACAUUACUACAUGGAUCGGAGGAGGAUACUGACCCUAACUGUCAAUCAUGUGAUAGUAAUCUUAGAGUGGAUUCUAAGGAACAAAAGCAAAAACCAAAUCUUUCAGUAACAUUACAGUAUGGGUCGGAGGAUGACCCUGAGCUUUAUUGCCAGCCGUGUGACAGGGAUGGUCCACGAGUACCAGCACAUGGAUAUUGUCAGGACUGUUCCGAAUAUCUCUGCAAGGACUGUUACAAAAAUCACAGAAAUCCAGCACCUUGUAGACACCACAUACUGUUAGAUGAAACAAAAAUGCCAAAACUGCCAAGUCAUAGUACACACCGAUCUUCCCAUGAUCUGACAGAACAAUGUCAACAACAUGAGGGUAAAGUAAUUGAGUAUUUCUGUCAUGAUCACAAUAUCCUUGGCUGUUGUGCAUGUAUAACAAUUGAUCACAGGAACUGCAAGGCAGACUAUAUACCUGAUCUUUCCAAGAACUUUGGAACAAGUCUUUAG